AUGGCUGGCGCUCCACCUGUCGAGCCAGCUGCUGAGCGGCCGCGCCUGAGGCGUACCUACAGCAGCAUGUGGGCUGGCGAAGACCUCGAUGACGACUAUGGCAGCAGCACGAGCGGGCCACCUAAGAACCGCAGAGCAGGUGUGAUCAUCCACCCCACAUCCCUACCGGGGCCCUACGGCGUCGGCGAAAUUGGCGAAGAGGCCUACAGAUUGGUGGACUGGAUGGUGUCUGCCGGCCUCAGCAUGUGGCAGGUGCUGCCGCUGGUGCCCCCAGAGGAGGAGUUUUGGUCGCCCUACACUGGCCUGGAUGCCCUGUGUGGCAGCACCCUCAUGAUCAGCCUGGACGAGCUGGUCAAGGAGGGCCUGCUGGAUGAGGCUGACCUGCCUCCAGUGAUUGAGCAACACCUUGCUGCCGAUUUCUUCAAGGUCAGGGAAGUGAAAGGGGCUCUCCUGCGCAAGGCGGCGGAUCGCCUGAGGCAGGAGGACAAGUUCAAGCAGCAGAGGGAGGAGGCGGCUGGCUUCAGGCAGCUCAAUCCCUGGGUGGAAGACAGCGCCCUCUUCUAUGCGCUCAGCCACGACGAGGAGGAGCUCGUUGGCAAUGCCUGGUGGUUCUGGCCGGAGCCCAUCAGGUUCAGGGAGAAGAAAGCGAUGGCAGAGGCGAAGGAGAAGUUCAAGGUCGAGAUCGAGCGCUUCAUCACCCUCCAGUACAUCUUUGACAAGCAGUGGAAGGCCGUCAGGGCGUACGCCAACUCUAAGGGCGUGAAGAUAGUGGGGGACAUUCCGAUCUACGUGGGUGGCCAGAGUGCGGACGUGUGGGCGUACCAGGACCUAUUUGAGCUGGGUGCAGAUGGGCAGCCCCUCAUAGUCAGCGGUGUCCCCCCUGACGCAUUCUCUGAGACUGGCCAGCUCUGGGGAUCGCCCAUCUAUGAUUGGAAGGCGCACAAAGAGGAUGGUUUCAGGUGGUGGGUGCAGCGCCUGAGCAGGUGUUUCCAGCUGCAUGACGAGGUCAGGAUCGACCACUUCAGGGGCUUUGCCGGGUACUAUGCGGUGGAUGCAAAGGCAGAGACUGCCAUGGAUGGGGUGUGGAAGAAGGGCCCUGGCGUGGAUUUAUUCAGCGCGCUCGACAGGGAGCUGGGGUAUGUGCCGGUGAUUGCAGAGGAUCUGGGCGUCAUUACACCGGAUGUGGUGGAUCUGCGGGAGAGCAUCGGCGCGCCCGGGAUGGUGGUGCUGCAGUUUGCCUGGAGCGGCGGCGCCACCAACGUGCACCUGCCCCACAACCACUAUGAGAAUAGCGUCGUCUACCCAGGCACGCAUGACAAUGAGACGGCAGUGGGCUGGUGGAAGGACAGUGCGACGGAGGAGGACAGGGAGUUCCUGCUCAAGUACCUGUACACCGACGGCGAGGACAUCGCAUGGCUCUUCAUCCGCAGCGCCUUCAGCUCCGUCUCCCAAACCGCCAUCGUCCUCAUGCAGGACAUAAUGCGGCUGGACAACAGUGCGCGCAUGAACCUGCCGGGCUCCACCACCAACAAUUGGACGUGGCGCAUUGGGGGACCGGACAUCUGGGAGAAGCUGGCACCCGAAGCCGCGGCACUGGCCGAGCUCGCGCAAACCUAUGACCGGGUCCCGGAGGAGGUGGUAAAGGCUGUGGAGCCAGAGGAGAAGGCUGUCGCAUGACAGCUGCGCAUGGCAAAAUUGCUUCAGUAAUAUCAUAUUCUUUGCAUUGUAUGGCCCUCUGGGCUCUGGGUUCGCCACUCAUAAAGCGUAUUAUUUUGUGUAUGGGCAUUACUGUUUGCUAAACGCCGCAGCAUUGCUCCAGUGCGAGGUACUGAUAGCAACACUUAUACCAGUAACAUGGAUAUGCAAGGUUUGCACCCUAUGGAUGCGACAAAGCAGAUGGAAGCCAGCUGAUUCCUGCAGCUGCAAGAAUAUGCAUGUUUUUUAAUAAAUUGGAUUAGGAUUUACAUCUGUCGGUGUAUCGAAAUAAAUACAGUAUCAAUAUUGCUAAACUUCCAGCCCCAGCUUCUUAAGUAACGCAUGCGUUCAAGGUUCAUUGCAGAAUAUCUGCAGAGGCCUUUCUCGGGUGAUACUACAGACAAUGACCAGCAUACCAUAUGUAGUGUCAAAUAGUUCUAGAAUGCAGGUGCAGCAUCGCCAUCGCUGGCACUACAAUUUGUCAUCCGUGCUAUACACAGGGAGAUCUGCUGGCAGCUUCCCAGACCUUUCGCUGUUCAGACUGCCUGAAGUCGAAGAUGACCUCUGCUUUCCUUCACUCUGCACACCCUCCCUCACCAUGUCCACAAAAGCCUUGUGCCAUCUGCUGUCUUCAGUCAGCUCUGGGUGGAAGGCAGUCGCCAGGAGAUUCUUUGAUCGCACAGCCACUGCUACCUUCUCCAGCCCAUUGCUAGCAGACUGCUCAGUGGGCGUCAGCCUGUACUCUGACAAGACCUCAACAGAGGGGCCAGACUCGAGCACGGCUGGCGCGCGGAUGAACAUCGCUCGGAAUCCCUGGGGGCCAGACUGGAAUGCCUUCAGCGCCUGGGGCACCGGCAGCUCCGUCUCAAAGGAGUUGAUCUGAGCGCCGAAGAAGUUGCGAUGCACCUUGCAGUCCAAACCGCCCAGCAAUGCCUGACCACCCUCCUUCUGACCUGAUGCGCGGUCUGCCAGGAAAAUGAGGCCAGCGCAUGUGCCCCACACUGGCCGCCCCUGCUCCGCAAAACUCUUCAGCUCCGGUAUGAGCCCCCAGCGCUGCGCUAUAUUUGCCAUUGUUGUGCUCUCUCCUCCUGGGAUGACGAGGCCAUCCAGAUCAGCUAGUUGCUCCUUGUUGCGCACUUCCACAGAUUUGACGCCUGGAAGCCUGUUCAGGUGGGCUAUGUGCUCACGAAAAGCACCUUGCAAGGCAAGGACACCAACCGUAAUGGGCGUCUCAGCAUCACUGAUGGAUUCAAUCUUGGUCUUUGAAGACAUGAGACCAGUCUAAGGAGUUCUGGCCAGGAGCUCUCCUUCAACGCAGCCCAACCAACUGCCGUGCAGUUAGGAGGUCGACAGAUGCUGACUGCGUUGAAAUCUGUGAUCAGGAUCUAGAACGUUACAGAAAUG